GCCCCAUCCCCACAUCUUCCAGCCUCCAGCUGCCGGCGGCACCCGCUGCGAAGGCGUUGGAUGAUGAGGACGUUGGCGAGCCAGUUGACGCCGAGGAGCAGAUGACUGUCGAGGCGUGUGGUGUGGAAGCCAGCGAGACUGUAGAAGUCACGGAGAUGGCAGCUGAGCAG